AUGGCCAUGAGGAUGGAAAAAGCUGCAGAGGAUCCAAGAAAAAUCAUUCAGGAGUGCAUGGAGGCAUGGCAGAGAAAGAUGGGACAUUGUGUGUUCAAGUCUAAGAUUGAGAAGAGCCACCUACGAUUCAACUAUCUAUUCUUUGCGCCCUCUCUCAUCUGCUGCAAUCAUAUACCAACUGGUCCAGCAUCAUGGUUAUUACAGGAGGUGGAGCUAUUAUUCACAGAGGCUCAGUGGGGUUAUUACCUAUCACUUUUACGUGAUCUUCUAUGGCCUGGUGGUGUAUUUAAUCCAAAGGAACGAGAAACUAAGACACCGGACGAGAUCAAUCAAACCAAGGCAGAUGCACUCCAUGAGCUUACUCAUAAUCCUGCUGCCGCUGUUCUGAGUGUUCUCCUUGGAGAAGACCAUCUUCGUGAAGGAAUCUCACUGAUCCUGGACUCCCUGCAGGACCAAGCACUCAACAAGCAUCUCCUAUUCACCAUCUUAGAUCAUGCCAUGGAUCAGCUAGUACCAGAGAUACAUGAUGCUAAGUUUCAAGACCUUUUAGCUGCUAUGCCAUGAUCACCACAUGAGUAAACUAUCAUCAUUUCAAUAUUAUCUCUUUUUUUUUUUUUUUUUUUUUUUUGGGGGGGGGGGUUCCGUGGAGUUGACAAAUUGUUUCAAAUCAAACAUUUAUAUUAUCUAGUGCCUUGUAUCAGAAACAAAGUCAGUAAAUUCUGCAAUCGAUUGCAAGUCUCUGAUACAUGGUUUGCUAUAGAUAUAUGAAUGAUAUCAAUCAUUAAGAAUGAUUACAUUUUAUGCAAUCACUGGGAUUAUUUACAUCUUUGUGCAAAUCUGAUUUACCUGGUAGUGAAAAGUAAAUUGACUCUCAUUCAAGAGAAAAAAAAAAUCUCAAACAUGAAUUUGUACAAACAGUGAGAGGUGGUAUGUGUGGGACCAAUAUAUCUUCAAAGAGAGAUUUCUGGGGAGCGUUUCGUAAAGAGUUUAUUCAAUAAUUUUCUUUUUUUUAACAAACAGGGUGUGACUCGCGUUCACAAAAUGUUGCAUAAUUUCGAGCCUGUUGCCCAGCCUCGCAAAUCGGUACCCAAAGUUGCGCAAGACGAGUACAAAGAAAAAAAAUCAUGAAGCGACUUGACACAAAUUUAUUGCAAAAUAGUGUCAAAGGGCUAAAUGCUCAUGCAAUCAGGCUAAUCUUUUGUAACUGUGAAUGUAUGAUUGAACAUUUUGAGCACAUACCAAAGAUAUACUUUGUGCCUGAUUUUUAUAUAACUUACAGGGUUUAGUUUGGUUUUAUUCCGUUAACUACUGCAACAUGUCAUUCCCAUAUGCUUUUCACAGGGGCCAUCAGACUCCAGUGGGCAAUGGUUUAAAUGAUUUUCUAAAUAUGUUAACAUUCCAAAGAUUCCUACUACACAUGAAAUUCCAUUGGAAUACCAUUCAACCAGUUUUGUAAUAUUAUUUUUGCCUCGUACCAACACUAACUUGAAACAUACAUCUAUAUGGUAGAGAAUGUUGCUGCCAUCAAUUCCAGUCUUGAGCAGUGCGACUGCACAUUUGGCAAACACUAAAGAAGUACUCUUUCUUCUUCAUUCAUCACCAGUAGAUAAGAUAUUCCUUUUAUGGAGCAUCUGAAAAGUGAUGCAACUGGUAGUUAGAUACACUCCCAAAGUCAUGUGGCUUAUAACAUCAGUUCAUCUGAAUGUUCUCCAUCUGAUAUAGUUCUGCAAGCCUAACAAUAUAAAUAUUUCAGAAUGCAACUCAGCUUAAAGGCCAGUAUAAAUAAUUGAAAUUAAGAUAACAAGUAAUUUUACUCACGUUAUUGGGCUUAUAUCAUGAAAUGAACCAAAACAAAAUACAACUCGUAGCAACACUAGUAAAAUAUACUAGUAAAAUAUUAUAUUUAAAAUUAGCAAGAUGCUAGUGUGAAAUAAGAACAUUUCCAAUUUUCAAUAUCUGACCAAUAAAGGAAACUCUUUAUUGAAUCAUAAUAUGUUGCAAUGAUUUAAUCUCUUCAAGUUCAGUGAGGGAUCAAACUUUGCUCUCAUUACAAUGAGGAGAAAAAAAAAAAACUUCAUAUUUCAUGUCAUAGAAUGCGAAGUAAUAACGAGUGGGUGACAUCUUUGGUGCUCUCAUUUGCGUACUGACCAGGAUGCGCAUAUAAUAAAUUAUUUGUGAAAAUAAGUGAAGCGUUAACAUAUCGUAUCUUAUAUUAACGUAUCUGAUUUUGAUGAAAUUUUCAGGGUUAUGCUUGGGUUUUUUUUUUCAUAACAAGUCUGUUGGGGUGUUUACCCUUUGAGUAUGAAAAUAGAGUGUGAUUUACAUAGUUUAUUUACUCAAGUGAAUACACACAGUCCCCAUUGUGUCACAAUUUGUAUCUAUUUCUAUCAAAUAGAAAACAUCUGGCACUAUUCCAUUCUUUACAUUGAACAUUAAUGUGCAAUUUUCUUUAUUAUUAUUUCUAUACUCAUGUGUCAUUGGUGCAAUCAUUUUCCAAAUUUCUUUUGAACUAUUAUGAAAUUCCCUUUUCCAUUUAUAUUUUGCCUCUGAAUGCAUUUUGGGGUCCCUUGUCAACCAAUCCAUUGUGCUCAUUUUCUUGAUAAAUUUAGACCAUGUGUCACAUGGACUUCAAGCUUCUCUCAUGUAUGCAGGCAGGCCUUCAAUUUAGAUAUUCCUGGCACCAGGUCAAUUUUGCCAGCAUUAGAGGGCAAAUGUAUUUAUUACAGCAUAAAUGGGGAAUUUUUUUUAAAAAGCACAAAAUAUCCAAGACCAAUAAGAAGGGGCACUGAGGCCAAUCAGUAGGGCAUCCAAGUCCAUGGCCUUGUUGGUCUUGAAAUUUAUGUCCUGUUGAUGCAUUUAAAAAGAAAAUUAUCAUAUUGUCGGAGAAUCAAGGUCAAAGUUGUGUGAGGUUUUAAUACUAAUCUAGAGGUAAAUAUCUUAUAUUGAUUAUAUCUGACAAUGUUGUAGGCAAAAUUUCUGCUAGCAUUUAAGAAUAUAUUAACUCUUCUUAUCUUUUAUUAUUUUCUGAAUUUUUAUGCCUUAAUUUUAUGCUUGAGGUAUAUUUAAUGAGCUUAUAAGGAACAUCUCAUUAGUGAAUAUAGUGUAGCUAGUACCAUAUCAUUGCCCAUUGCUUGUAUAGGUAACUUUGCUUUGAGACCAGAAAAAUCUGUUCAACUUUGGAGAAAUUCGACUUGGAAGUGGUACAACUCAUGUUUUGUAUAAUCUAUUCUCAGAAUUGCUUUGAAUGAUGUAUGGUUGAAUUAUAAAUACUUAUAUGUAUACCUUUUUUCAAUUCUAAAGAUCAUUCUAAUUUUGACUAUGAAAGUUAAAGAACUUGAUUAUAACAAGGAGCUUGAUUAUAAACAUUGUAUUUAUCCCGUCUUUUGACAUUUUUAUUUUGUAGGUGUUGAUUUUUAGGGCAUUUAUUUUUUCCCCUUUAGUUCCCUUUUACAGUAUUUCAUAUAUUGUUUUUUGAAACAUUUUGUAUUUCACCAACCUUAUACAGAGUAUGAAAUUACUUGUCUUGAUCUAAUCAAACAAAAAGUAUACAAGAAAAAAAGGUGAAAUGUAGUCACCAUUUUCUCAAAUCUCAUUACUUUUUCUAUUCAAGGUACUUUAGUCUUUUGUUUCUUUCCCAAUUUUUAAGAGUAAAGCUAUCUAAAUGUUUACAAGAAAUGUAAUCAAGGAUAAGAGAUAGUAAGCAUAGUAUCAUUUUGGACCAAAUUUGCCACAUUUUAUCCAUGAAUUACCAUUUUUACAAUGGGUUGGCUAGAAUUGAUGUCUUAAAAAAGCAUGUUUAGCAUCAAUUGUCUUAUUUGAAGUGGCUUCUUAUCCUGGUCAAUUUGAAAAGAGAAAGAUAGAAAGAAAAGUGAAGGAGAUAAAGUAGAGAUAUGGAAGGGAGAUAUUAAGGGGAAAUAGCGACCAUCUUGGAUAUUUUUUCUUGCACCUUUAUUAGAUCUUUCAUGGACCAAAGAACCUUUUUUUCAUCUUAUCUUGUGCUUGAGAUGGAUAAUACUGUUUAAAAGAACGUAAGCAAAAUCCCCAAAUCGUCAUUUUAGCCCAUUCAUUCCUAUUGUCAUUUAUUCUUGGCAUUUUUGUAUGUUGAUGAAGGAAAAUUCUUGAAAAUUGAUUGUCAUGAUUCAUAUAGAUAUAUAUAUUUUUAUUAUACACUUAGUAUUAGACAUAUAAUAAAAACAAACUCAUUUUGGUUGUCAUAAGUGCCUUAUCGUAUGUACUAUUUUUAGCUGCAUAUUUUGACUCAUUCCAUGCUGUCACCAAAAAUAUAAUUAUGUAUGCAUGUAUUUUGUAGUUAUCCAAAUUACUGCAUUUUAUCGAUUUUUUUCUGAAAUCUGAAAUAAAAGAAUUUAAUAUAUAAUGGAA